ACAAAUCCAACAAAAACCCUCUCUUUCAUUUUUGGUUAGAUUAAAUUUACAGUAAGCUUGUGGAUUAUCAAUCUAUUGAUCAUGUAAUUAUCAAUAUUUACCCUUUCGUCUCUCUCUUUGAGACCUCUUCUAAGGAAACAUUUUAAGCCCAUAGAAAACCAUUUUUAUGCCAAGCAAUUCUUCUGGAAACCUUGUUACGUACCAAGCUUCGAAUUUAUUUUAUAAAACCGUCCGGGAAUUCGUAAAAAGGACUACUUGCCAACAGCUUCAUCGUCACUGUGUAAAGGGAAUGGUCAUUCAGUUCGAAGAUGGAGGUCAGUGCCAGAGGUUCCCAUUCGAAUGAGAAGCAUCAUCUAGAAUGCCCAACAUCUACCAAUCCCGGAAAUAAACCUCCUGAAAAAGAAGUGAGAGUGUGCACUUCUGUGUUUGUCAAUCAUGCUGCACUUUCUUGGCAUGAGAAUAGGAGAAAGUGGAUUGGAGAGCAGUCUAAACAAUCAAAAACAAUGACCAUGGAUCCAAUCAUAAGCUGGUCAACGACAUAUGAAGAUUUGCUUUCAACUAAUGAACCUUUCUCCGAACCAAUACCUUUACCUUUGAUUCAGAUUGGUGAAUUUUGCAGGAGAUGGUAGAUUUCUUAGUUGAUAUUUGGCAAGACGAAGGCCUCUUUGAUUAAAUAUUUUAUAUGGUGGUAGCACUGUAGUCAAUUGCAGCGUUUUUCAGAUUUGGAUGAAAGGUAAAGAAUUAAACUGUUAUGCAACCGGAAAUGCAGUUCGGUGCAUUAUAACUGAUUUUUCGAAAUUCAAGUAUGCGGUUAAAAGACUCCGUCUGUUGUAUUUUUACGUUGGUACUUUGUGGAGUAGUCGGUCAGCAAUCAAUUCUUUCACCUUUUAUCUUAUAUUUCAAGCUCUGAUAGUAAUUGAAGCUUGACCAUUCAUUUGUAGCAAAAUGGAUCUUGCUAGUUUCCUUGUAAUUCAUCUCUUAUGUUAAUUUAGUAGCUAUAAUUUUGCUGCUGGGUGUUGUAUUUAGUGUAAACUCAGAAAUGCUUUUGAUUCUAUGCAGUAAUGAGAAGAAACAUUUGUAUUUGGUAAA